AUUCGACCCCUUACCAUUUCUACCUCGUCCGUCUGUUGACAUACGUUCCAGGAGUGACCUUCUUUGAAAAACCAACAUUGCCAAGAAGUCUGUAUAACAUCGGCAAAUCACUCGGAAAACUGCACCACUCGUUAGAGGGUUUUCACCAUCGAUUCUUCGAUAAUUACAAAUUCAUGUGGAAUUUGACUGAAGUAGAACGCUUACGUGACUUCUUGGUCGGAAUUCAAGAUGAGAAGAGGAAAGCCCUUAUGAUUGAGAUCAUUGACGCAUUUACAAAGGAAGUUGUUCCAAAAUAUGACAAGCUCACAAAAGGUAUGAUACACGGCGAUUUGAACGAGAGCAAUAUCAUAGUACAAGAUUGUGCUGGGCAAGACAGCGUGCCACAAGAGUCACGUGUUUGUGACGUAGCAGCGAUUAUAGACUUCAAUGACGUUGCGUUGUCUUACUUGGUUUUCGAUGUUGCUAUUUGCAUCGCCUACAUGUCCAUAAAAUGUCAUGAAAUGGACCAAAAAGAUGUAGGGGGACAUGUGCUAGCUGGAUAUUUGUCAGAACGCAGUUUAAAUAGCACAGAGAGGGACGUUAUGAAGGCCUGCGUCUGCGCAAGGAUUGCGCAAUCCUUGGUCAUGGGAGCCUACUCCUAUUAUAUGGAUCCUAACAACACAUAUGUCCUUAAUACUGCAACCCGUGGUUGGCCAUUAAUUAGUAUGCUGUGGGAGAUCCCAAAAUCAGACAUUGAUGCACGCUGGAAUAAGAUUAUAGAGGAGUACGAGUGAUUUUUGUAUCCAUCUUGUG